UAAUGAAUGACUCAUUGGAGACUGGAUAAGAGAAAUUCAAUUGACGACGGAAGAAUUCAAUUGAACGUUAGGGUUACGAUUUGGGGAAAUCGUGAGGUAUGGAAAGGGAUGGGAUUCAAGCGGCGAAAUUGGAGGGAGAAGAUGAAGUUUCGCAUCUUGCUCUUGAUAUCGGAGGUUCUCUAAUAAAGAUGGUGUACUUUUCAAGCAACAGUAUUUGCUCAGGUGAUGAUCAGAAGAACGGCUUUUUGAAGGAUGGAAUUGAUACGGUAAACUACACGGUCCUAAGUGGCAGACUUCACUUUCUGAAGUUUGAAACAACCAAGAUCAGUGAAUGCAUGAAGUUUAUAUCUACUAAGCGCCUGCAAGAGUAUGGUGAUAAGGAUGAUGAGGCCUCUGCCAGUGACAAAAAUAUUAUUAAGGCCACAGGUGGUGGGGCAUUUAAAUUUGCUGAUUUAUUCAAAGAAAAGCUUGGCAUUAUUCUGGACAAGGUAGAUGAAAUGAGUUGCCUUGUCGCUGGAGCUAAUUUUCUACUUAAGGCGGUGCACCAAGAAGCUUUUACCUAUUUGGAUGGCCAGAAGGACUAUGUCCAGAUUGACCACAAAGACUUAUAUCCUUAUCUCCUAGUUAAUGUGGGAUCUGGAGUUAGCAUGAUAAAGGUGGAUGGUGACAACGAGUUUGAGCGAGUCAGUGGAACAAGUGUUGGUGGUGGUACAUUCUGGGGUUUGGGAAAACUUUUAACCAAGUGCCAAAGUUUCGAUGAGUUGUUAGAGUUGAGUCGACAGGGAAACAACAGAGUGAUAGACAUGCUUGUUGGAGACAUAUAUGGUGGAAUGGAUUACUCAAAGAUUGGUCUUACAUCAACAGCAAUUGCUUCUAGCUUCGGCAAGGCAGUAUCUGAAAACAAAGAGCUUGAAGAUUACAGAGCUGAGGAUGUAGCCAGGUCCCUGUUAAGAAUGAUCUCCAAUAAUAUUGGGCAGAUCGCUUACUUGAAUGCGCUGCGGUUUGGACUGAAACGGAUAUUUUUCGGAGGAUUUUUCAUUCGGGGUCAUGCUUAUACAAUGGACACACUUUCUGUUGCAGUUAAUUUCUGGUCAAAAGGUGAAGCAAAGGCUUUGUUUUUACGUCACGAAGGGUUUCUCGGGGCAUUAGGAGCAUUCAUGAGCUACGAAAAGAAGGGAUUUACAGAUAUUACCCAUCAAUUCAUGGAGCAAAACUCGUCAGUACCAAAGAGUUCGUUUUGCAGCGAAGAUGGGUCAGAAAGCUCGACUCGCGCUCAUGUGAGAGAUAAUGAAUGUAUAGAAUGUAGAGUGCAAGUCAGAAACUAAAUCAAGUUUCUACAAUAGUUACAAACCAGAAAGUAUAUCCUAUUUAAGGUAUUAUUAAAUCCUGCCUGGCAAUUCAAAGUUGCUUAUUUUUCAACUUGUCAUAAAAUCUUACAAUUUCCAUGCCCGAAACGGAGAUUGUCGUUACACCUGUAAUUUCAACGAGCGUAAUUUUUGUAAAUAUGUAAUUGCUUUGACGGUUAGAUGAACAAUUACUUUUUACCUAGACACUAUCUUUGUAUGUAUCUGUGUGUGUGUUUUGAAUUAAUAAUUUUAUUUACAUAUUACUAUAUUUUAUUUUCUUUUAUUUU